AUGGCGCAGGUCCGGCCUUCAGCGCCUGGGCGAAGCUCGUCUGCCCACUUGUUCGAGAGCAAGCUCAGCCAACAACUAUCCCAACCCGAACCCCCAGCCCACCCGGAACCUACUCGCUCGCCCAAGUCUCGCUCUCUGUCCGAUGCUUCGAAACCAACAUCGAUACCUCAGCCGGCCACGGGGGAUUUGAGCCGCCCGCCCAGUAAAGAUGAUAGUGCGCUUCCUUCGUUGCCGGCAACACCCAGUCGAUCGAAUCAACCGAACCUGUCAUUAAACCUGUCCUCCAACGCACCUUCUCCUUUGAUCGCCAACCGCGGACCUUUGUCGCCCAAGUUGGAUUCAUCGCAUAUCUAUGGGUCGCCGGGGUCGAUGCUGCCUCGACGCUCCCGGGGUCUUGACUUCUCGCGCGCCUGUACCAACCUUCACCACUCCACGCUCGCAGAGUCCUCGCCGGACUCCUCCCCCACCGUUGGAGGGCGUGGCAUGACCAUUCCUCAAAGACGCGGUUCGCAGGGCUCAACUUCCAUUCCUCCGUUUUCGACCUCCGGCCCCGCCGACCGCACGGCCAUUUCCAGUUCCGUGUCGAGCGUGAACAUGAUGGAAUCGGAUACCAGCAGCAGUGACGACGAUGACGAAGUCAUGAUGGCCGACCGUGAUGAUCCCAUGCUCACCACGCCGCAGGCGGCGCGGAUGGGCGGCGGGCCGAGUCCCUUUGCGACGGGCAAUAUACAGAGUCCCGGAAACGAGUGGAUGGGCGGCUACUCACAGGCCGCAGCCAGUCUCAUGAGCUUCCAGCGAGCUCGCUUCCGCAAAGGACGCAGUCGACACAGCUCAAGUAGUGCUAGUGGGAACAGCUCCAAGCCCAGCCCCGGUCCUCCUCAUUCUCCUCCGGUCUUGAAGAGUGUGGAAAAUCCACCAGGAGGCUACUUCGGCCCGCGGCAGAGAGCCCGUUCGCGGCGAGAGAGUCUAAGUCUGGGCACGCGUGAUCUCCGACUAUCGGAUUUGAGUGAUGACGGCGAGAGUCGUGCCGUUCGCGCAGGCAGUCCAACCGCGGUGUCUCAUUCUGAUGGCGGGCCACUGGGAGUGAUUCGUCGUGCUGUCACUCGACGAGGGAGCUUACUACCCAAAACGAAGACGUUUGCUCGCAUUCGGGCAGCUCUAAUGGAAGAGAGCGCGCCCAUCGACAGCGACAUGAAACGGGAGGCGGAGGUCAUUCAGCAAGUCCGCGACACCGAGCCCGAGACAUCGCCUACCCUCAGCGCUUUUUCUUCUCUCCAUCAGCCUCCGGAUGAAGCGGCACCGGAUGUCGACCUCGGGCCUGCAAAGGCUCGGGGAUCUUCCAGUAGCUUCAGCAAACAAGCAAGUCGCAAUUCUGGCGGAGUUGAGUUUUGGAACUCGUUUGACGAACGCUACCGCACACCACCACCAUUGCGCCCAACGGGCGCCUCUUCCGUUGCGGAUGACGAUAUGUUUAUGGACAUUACUCCAUCAACAACCAUCGGGUCGACGGCCGACUCAAAGGCGCGUUCCCGCUCUUCAACACCCCACCCUCCCGGAAUGGCCAUUGGCGAGAUCCAGCGCAAGCGGCGUCGGGAGGACGACUUCGACCCCAACCUCUUCAAGCGCCGGGCCGUGUCCCCCAGCGUGAGUGCCCAGAGCAGCCCUGUGCUGACCCAUUCCUCUGUCGUCGACAACGUGCCCAGCAUCUGGGGUCCACCAUCCAAGCUCGGUCCACCUUUCUCCGAGCGACCUACCACGAGCUCGGACAAUGGGAAUGGAGGGAAUAACAACCGGACCACGCCUCAUACAGGCGGCACCAAGCGCGUGGGUCUUCAAGGCAUGACCGAGGCCAGCGAUGGCUUUAUGAAUAUGAGCAUUGAGUGA